AACCAAGUCAAUAUGUUUUUACUCAUUCUUCCCACUUUUAUCAAGUUGCAAGUCAACUACCAAAGUCUUCUCAUUUCCAAAAAAAUAAAAAUAAAACGCGUAAUUCUCCGUCUAUAACAAUAUCUCUUUAAACUCAUCUCUCAAACCCCAACCGCCACCAUGGCUCCGGUACCCACCACCACCACCACCACCAAAUUCCAUUUCACUCAUCCAAACCACCCUUUACAACUCCACUCCGACCACCACCACGAUUACAUUUGCGGCGGCUGCAAAACCUCAGGUUCCGGUAGCAGGUUCCGAUGUCAUUCCUGCAACUUCGAUCUCCAUGAUUACUGCGCCAAUUGCCCUGAGAAACUCAUCUCUUCCUCCGUCCACCACCACCCCCUCACUCUCGUCGUCCGUAAUCCUGAGGGCGCUCGUAUCAACGACCGAAUCUGCGACAUUUGCCGGGACGCCGUUGACGGACUCUUCUACCGGUGUAAAGACUGCGAAUUCGAUGCCCACCCACUUUGCACCCAACUUCCUAAAAGCCUCCGCCAUCUCAUCGACGACAAGCAUUAUUUGAACCUCCAAAAGCCGCCGUCCGGUGGCUGCGCAGUUUGUAAAAAAGAUUGUUCUUCUCUUUGGGUGUAUGGAUGCCAGAUCUGUAGAGUCUAUAUUCAUUUUGACUGUCUUUGGGAGCCGUACGAUUCGCCGCCGAGUCAACAACCGAGUGGGGGAGGGAGAGGAGCGAGUAGUUCUCGUGGGAUACCGCCGCCGUGGGGGGGUGGGGGACCACCUCCAUUUCCCGGCGGAGGGUUUUCUUGGAAUAAUGGUGGGUAUAAUUAUUAUGGUGGGCAAUUUGGUCAUUGUGGUAUGGGAGGAGGGCAUUAUGGGCAUUAUGGGCAUUAUGGCUACGCCACCCCUUACAGCGUUCCCGACUACCCUUAUCGACCGGCGACAGAGACGUCGUCGGGAAAUGGGGGAAAGCUUGGAAAGUCGAUGUUUGCUCUGGUUGGUAGAUUGACCAUUGGUGUGAUGUCUAGUUUUGUUUUUGGAUUCCCUAUUUUCUAAAUUAGGUUUCCAUUUUCAUCUUUUUUUUUUUUUUUUUUUUUCCUUUUUAUACCGUCUCAAUUUCUAUUUCUAUGGUGCUCAGCCCACCCAAAUGUUAUAUAAUCAGAAUUUAUAUUCUUCAA